AUGCCUUGUUACGCUGAUACAAUUGUGAAAGUAAAUCAGGUUCGUCAAACUUGCAAUGAGGAUUCAAAAUUGGUUGCUAUACGAGCGGUUGGUGUUUAUCCUAUUGAGAGCGAGGAUUGUGAGUUAGAUAUGACUCUAUUUAUUCCAAUAAAUGAUGAGGAGAGAGAUCCCAAUACACAUUCUAUUUUUGAAACAAACGAGUAUUAUUGUGUUGGUGGAAAAGUUGUGCUUGGACAUUAUAAUGGAAAUUUAAGAUUAAAAUUGACUGUCGCAUCUUCGACUCACCUCUUGAUUAAAAGAGAACUUGGUUCAAAUAGGUGCCCAUUAAAAGUUUCAUUUGUCGGUGUUGCUCAAGAUGUACCAAAGGAGAUUGAUCGUGAAAAUGCGAUAAUUAAUGUUUUAGUAAAUGAUUAUGCUGGGCAAAUUUAUAGUUUUACGAUUAAAGUUGUUUUUCCAUGUAAUAAUAGUCGAUUCAAACAUUUAAUGAAUUCUACUCGAUUGAAUGAAUCGGUGCUAUUUGUUGUAGGGCAAAUGGAGAUUAUUGAAAAGGGUUUAUAUGUGUAUACUGUUGAUAUUUCUUACGUCGAUACUGGUUCCACAAUAAAGAAAAAAUCAUCUUUUUCUGAGAGUACUCCAGCAUUAUUUAGAUCAGUUUGUUCAAGACUUUUAAAUGCACAUCAGAGUAUUAGUGAAGAUUCAUCGAAAGCAGUUGAGAUAAAAAGUUUGGAUCUAGGUAAAGAAAGAUAUGAUGAUGAAGGUAUGAAUAAUCGUAAUAAAGAAAGUACGAGUGAGAGUGAUAAAUUCAAGGAAGGUACUGUCUAUGAUAGCAAAAGUUUAGAGUGUAGUUAUGAAAGAUCAGAUAAUGGCAAGAAAAAGUUGAUUCAGCCUGUAAUUCAUAAUACUAGGAAACGAUCUGAGUUGUCCAGGACUGAUAAUAGUAAUGAGAAGGCAUAG